UCGAAGAGUUCGCUUGCAUGACGCACCUGACCGUGACGCAUCUCGCCGUGACGCGCCUCAUCGUCGGCCACCGUCAGCGACAUCUUGGAAAACAGGUGCGUCUCGCAAAGCGUCCGUGCCCCUCGGAUCGAACCGGAGUCCUUUGGAUCACCGAAACGCGAAGCAGGUACAGCAGAAAGUCGAGCAGACGCCGCAUCGUUUUUAACCGAAUACAGUGUCCCGGUGUCCUAAAAACCGCCUUGUUAAGCGUGAGAUCGUGCUCCCUUAUUAAACACACUGCAUGGCUCCCUCGAGACAGUCGUGUGCCGAGCGUAGCCGCGCUUAAAGAGAAAGAAAGAAAAUGAAAUCUGCGUCUGCGAUUGAGAAACCUGAUUCAGAUUCGCAGCAAGCGAUGGAAGAACGCAGGAGUGCAGCCGCGCAUCGGAGCAGACGAUACCGCGAGAGAAAGAAAUGGAAAAAGCUGCAAGAGGCCUCGCCAGCGCAAUCGCCCGCUUCCGAGAAAGCAGAACUAGAGCGAGCAAUCGAACAACGCAAGAUUGCUGCUGCCCGGAGCAAAGCCUACCGGGAGAGAAAAAAGUUGAAGAUGCAAGGCACCCCUCUAGUGCGACCGCCCGCUUCUGAGAAGACAGAACUGGAGCGAGCAACCGAACAACGCAAGAUUGCCGCUGCCCGGAGCAAAGCCUACCGCGAGAGAAAAAAGUUGAAGAUGCAAGGUGCCUCUGUAGCGCGACCGCCCGCUUCUGAGAAGACAGAACUGGAGCGAACAACCGAACUACGCAAGGUUGCCGCUGCGCGGAGCAAAGCCUACCGGGAGAGAAAGAAAUUGAAGAUGCAAGGUGCCUUAUUAGCACAACUGCACACUUUUGGGGAGACAGAUGAAAACAGACAGCGAGCAGUCGAACAACGCAAGGUUGUCGCUGCGGAGCGGAGCAAAGCGUACCGGGAGAGAAAGAAAUCGAAGAUGCAAGGCGCCUCGUUGGCGCUAACGUGCACGUUCGAGAAGGCGGACGAAGACAAACAGCGCGCAGUCGAAGUUUGCAGGAUUGUGCAUGCUGCGCAGUGGGAAAAGGCUAAGUGCGAAAGAAAACAACUGCAGUUGCAACAGUUCACAUUAAUGCAACCGUCCACUUCGGAGUCCGCUUCGGAGUGGGCGGAAGCAGAAUUGCGGCGAGUGCUCGAAGAGCGCAGGGCCGCUGCACGGCGAAGCAGAGCGUACCGCGAGCGAAAGAGAUUGAAGUUAAUGGAUGCUGCGUCGGUGCGACCGCCCACACUUUCCGAAGACUGCAGUGGAGCUCUCCGCUUUGUUUCACGGCCAAAACGACGGUGGAACUGCACUUUUGCGGUCAAAGAAGAGCCCGAGGAGGUGCUGUCUAUGCCGUCGUUAAUGGUCAACACUUCCACGAUAAAAAAAGAGCCGCCCGAGUCGGCCGACUCUCAGGUUGAAGACGAGGACUCGUGCUCGGAAUCCCUGGACCCUCUGGCAUUCCUGCAAGUGCAGUUGGAGGAAUCCUGGGUGGGCGGCCCUCCACCUGUGACCAAAGCGCCAGAUGAGAUAUUGCCCACUUCUGCGGUAGACAGUCGCUGCACAGAUGACAGCGGUGACAUGUCACCUUCCCUGCAACAUUGGGGGAGAUACUGGAAGGACUGCAUGGUAAAGAAAGAGCUAGACGAUGAAGAUGGGAGUUUGACGUGCGAGGGCUUGGAAUCUGGAGAAUCUCACACCCUGUCCACUUCUCACAAGCCUGCAAGUGAAGCUCAGGCAGCCAACACGUUUGUGAAGCAAGCUUGUUAUAACCAGGCUUGCUGUGUGUGACGGUGGCAACGUUGCGGCGGAAUACGAGGAGCCAAGGGAGAAUGUGCAUGGAGAGACAGUGACGUGGUGUGCGGGUCUAACGCUGCCCCCUUUCUCUCUUGGGGGAGACACAGAACAGAACCAGUCGAUGUGCAAGGAGAGAGAGAGAUCCGACCAUGGCAAGAGCAGCAGCAGCCUGUCUUCUUCCCAAGACCACUUGGACAACAUGAGAGGACUAAACCCAAGUACCACUUGUGCCCUUAUUCCAGCAUCAUCAAAGUGUUGUUGCCAAACAGAAAAGGACGCACACCAAAAAGUGGACCUUCAAGAGUGACGCCUGCCAGAAAGUGUUCACCACGAGGUCUGACUCGUUUGUCCAUGCAAGAGCUCACAGUGAUGCAAGGCUUUUUAACUGUCUCAUCUGUUCUAAAAGAGUCGAAUGGGGUCCUCCUUGGUUUUCCAUGAAAGGAUGCGUGAAAGUGAUCAGCUUCAUAAAUGCAACACUUGUGGCAAGAAAUUCACUGGGAACCUCAGGUGCACUGCUCACCAAGUGGGACCCAAAGUUGUGAAGUGCUUCACGUGCCUCACAUGCUCAAAGGCAUUUCAGUGGAAUUGUAACUUGAAUAUUCACAAAAGGAUGCAUACCGUAAUAUCCCGAGUCAUCGCCCAUCCCCCUGCCACCUGAGAUUCAUAAAAAAAAGUAUGGUGGGCUAUGUCUAGGUGGGUAAGCACAAAAAGUUGAAAAAAAAAAAAAAAAAAAAAAGCUAGACAAAACGCCAAUUUUUUUGUACAUAUCUAACGCGGCUGCACAAGAGAUGCAUUAAACUCAAAACUCGUAUUAGUUUCAUCCUUUUAUGUAAGAAAUGUUCACGAAAAAAUGUUGGACUAUAGCAGGGGUGGCCAAGCUGCGGCUCGCGAGCCGUAUGCGGCUCUUUGGGUGUUAAAGUGCGGCUCGCGGCUCCCUCCUCUAUCCCCCCCCCCCACCCACACACACACACACACACACACAUACACUUUCCCACCUCCCUCGCGGUCACACGAGCUUUUCCCCCGAAAAAGAAAUGGAACGUGUUUUAAAUCCAAAGAAAGGUUCCGGUUUGCUAGUGUUGUGCUAUACUGCUACCUUACAUACAACUGACUGCCCCCACGCGGCUCUUGGAAGUUUUGUGGUUUUGUUUGCGGCUCUUAGGCCAAGUCAGCCUGGCCUCCCCUGGACUAUAGCAAGAUUUGUUGCUUCCAUAUGACCAUUGAACACCGCUGAUCUGCACACAGCAUGAAUGGUUGUUCUGUGAAAGCAUGUUUCUUACCAUGCUAUGUUCUCUUCGUUAGAAAAAAAAAACAUUAAAGACGUUCACAAUCCCCCUGUAACGCCGAAUUAGAGCGCAGCUCUUGAGAAGG